GGAGGCCUGGGCGGCGGGGAUGGCCGUCCGGGGCGGCGCUGCGACUGCGAGGGAGGCGAGAGGCGGAGCUGCCGCCACCGAAGAGGAGGCCUGAGCCGGCGCCCCCUCCGCCCUGGGCGGUUCCUUGGCCUCCGCCUGCGCUGCCGGGGAUGGGGCGGAGGGCCCGCUCCUGCUGCUGCUGCUGCCGCUGCCUCCGGUGCUGGCCGAGGAGCAGCCGCCCGCUCUGAGGCCGGGCCGGGCUGGGCUUGGGCCGCCCGGCCCGGACGCCUAAAGAGAGAGACGAGAAAGCAGCGGCGGCUCCUACUCUAUGCUCCCCUGAUGCUGGCUGGCCUGUGCCCAGAAGAUGAGCAGAUUGCUGGUGGGGGUGACCCUGGAGAGGAUCUGUAAAGCUGUACUACUCCUAUGUUUACUACACUUUCUCAUCAUCAUGAUUCUCUACUUUGAUGUCUACGCUCAGCGCCUGGACUUUUUCAGCCGCUUCAAUAUACGCAACUCUUCUCGCUCUCUUCUACCCUACGUCAACAUCUCUCGGCCAAAUGGUACUGCUGGGCCAUUGGGCUCUGAGCUCUUGGCCCCGAGUGCCAAGUCAGUUGGGAGCAACAGCACCAUCACCGAGAAGCCCUUACCACCCUGUCCAGAGAUGCCUCCUGGCCUAGUCGGCCGGCUCCUUAUUGAGUUUAGCUCUCCCAUGAGCAUGGAGAGGGUGCAGCGAGAGAAUCCAGAUGUGCAAGAGGGUGGCAAGUAUUCACCACCAGACUGUGUGCCUCGCCAAAAGGUGGCCAUCCUCAUCCCUUUCCGCCACCGGGAGCACCACCUCAAGUACUGGCUGCACUAUCUGCACCCAAUUCUACGACGCCAGAAGGUGUCCUAUGGCAUCUAUAUCAUUAACCAGUUUGGUGAAGAUACUUUUAACCGAGCCAAGCUGCUGAAUGUGGGCUUCCUGGAAGCCUUGCGAGAUGAUGAGAGCUAUGACUGCUUCAUCUUCAGUGAUGUUGACCUUGUGCCCAUGGAUGAUAGGAAUCUGUAUCGCUGCUAUGAACAGCCCAGGCACUUUGCUGUCGCUAUGGAUAAAUUUGGUUUCCGGCUGCCAUAUUCUGGCUACUUUGGAGGUGUCUCUGGCCUGAGCAAGACACAGUUUCUGAAGAUCAAUGGCUUCCCUAACGAGUACUGGGGAUGGGGUGGGGAAGAUGACGACAUCUUUAACCGAAUCUCACUGAAUGGCAUGAAAGUGUCCCGUCCUGAUGCCCGUAUUGGGCGUUAUCGCAUGAUCAAGCAUGAGCGUGACCGGCACAAUGAGCCCAAUCCUCAGCGGUUCACCAAAAUCCAGAAUACCAAGGUGACCAUGAAACGUGAUGGCAUUGGCUCACUGCAGUACCGCCUAGUGGAGAAGUUUCGCCGUCCCAUGUACACCAACGUAACCGUGGAGAUUGGCCGGCCACCACCACGUCCCCCUCGGGGUUGACUCUUUGCUGCCUGGCCUUGCCCAUGGCCCCAUGCAUGAGGAGCUGUGUGGAUUCCAGCCCUGACUGGUUCAGAGGACUGUGUCCUGGCUCAGAGGACCUGUCUGCCUCCUUUGUGGGAAAGGGGGGAAAGGCUAAGAGAGAGGUCUUUGCCUUGUCCUUGCCUUUGGCUGAAGCCCCAUCUCCUUAUCACUAAUUGGUUCUUCACAGUGCCCUAUCACAGAAUGGGGAGUGAAUGUUGAGUGUGCUACAGUGCCUGGCUCUGUGCGUGAGGGUUCUGGGCACAGCCAACCCCCAUUCCUGAUUGAAAGGUGCCCUAGAGGAAAGGAAGACCAGUGCAGAGCCAUCCUCUUCCUGAACUAUUUGCAGGGCCAUGUCCCUUAACUAUUCCAGAAAUACAGUAGCUGUUCUUUCUCCUCCUCCUCCUUGCAGCCUGAAAGACUGUACUGCCUUUUUGAGCCUUCCUUCCAGGGCAUGACUUGGUCCUAUGCCAAUGGCCAGCUGUCCAGUUAUCAAGGUGGUUCACUUGUGCCCAGUCUGAGAAGGACUCCAUCCCAGCAGAAGGUCUGAUAGGUCUGGCUACUGACCACUUCUUUCAUGGCUUGGUGCUGUCCCCUGCUGGACCCUGGCUGUCACUUUUGGGCUCUAGUAACGGGUGUUUCAUACAAACUUUCAUAAAGAAUACUUGAGUGCUUCCUGGGUUAGUGUGGCAUGUGGCCUAUCUGGCAAAGGGCAAGAAGCACCUUGUUCUUAUUCUGCUGGUGAACUGGGCAGGUGGGUCAGGCAAUGUAGUUGUAUCUUUCCAACAUGAUGGUUUCUGCUGGAAGGUGGGCUUAUUUCUUUUUUCCAUAGGCUCAAAGUGGCCUAUGGACUUUGGUUACUGAAGCAGGGAAGGCGAAGGUGGUUUUCUGUCUCUUCCCUUCUCCAUUCUGACCCACAAUCCUAGCAAGCAAUCUUCUCAUCCCUGCACCAUCUCCCAGCAACCAGCCCUUAACCACUCAUACUGCCCUGUUUGUCAAGCUGCCAUCUGCCACCUGUUCAGGCCAGGCCCCUGGGUCUACUGUCUGUGUGUGACACAUAGUGGCCCUGUGCCUAGUAACCUGGAGCUAAGAAGCUGCUGGUGUCCCUUAGUUUUGUUUAUGGUGCCUGGCAGGUAGACUCUCCUGCACCUGUCCACUAUAGGGUGGUGGCUGGGCCAGGCUUGAAGCCAGGCAUAAGCGUGUUGCACAGCCCAGAUGUUGGUGACUUUUGUACAUUUGAAUGUUUUGAUCCCUUUUCAAGCCUAUGGUGAAUGCAGCACUGGUCACUAUGAUCAGACUUUUGUAUUCAGUAAAGUUUCAAAACUUCGA